GUUUUAAUAUGAACCAAACCAUACCCCAAAAAAUGUCUCUAAACCCCCAAAAUCCCUCCAGCCCCCUCCUCGCACCCACUCAAAGAUCAACCAAACUCUUCCCACUCCUCUCCAUCCUCCAGUCAGGAUGUUUCCCUGGUCUCAAGAUCCUAAUUCUUCUUCCCACUUCCAAAAUCCCCAUUAAAAAUCUCCAAAACAGCUUUAGCCCAGUUGAAGCAAGCUCUUAUGGCUUAAGUCCUUACUGGGGGAGUCCACUGACAGCUGUGACUAAGAGCUGUGAUGUGGGAGGGAGAGGGGAGCUGGAGAUACCAGGGUUUUGGAUCAGAGAGAUUGAAGCAGAGGAAGGAGGAAGGGAAAGUGGGUGGAAGAAUUGGGCGAGAGAGUUGGUACUCCGUUUAGAUCCACAAUACUACCAAAAUCUCUAUCACAAUCUAACCCACGGGAAGAAGUUAAGAGGAAGGCCUAGAGACAUCAAACAAACCUCCCCUGAAAUAAUGUGGAAUAAAAUAAUUACCAAUUUUAAAGAUAGAGUAGCCAAAAGAAAGAAAACUCAAAAAAAAGUAUCUAGAAUAGAUGCUCGGAACACUACAGCAUGAAGGGAUUUCAAGAGAAUAGUAGAAUCCAUCCUCAAAUAUGUUGGGUCUAAGUGACGGUAUAAGUCUAAAAACGAGAAGGACUAUAUCGAUUCAUAUACAGAAGCAUUCACUGUGGGAUUUCUUCCAGUUAUAGAUUCUUACACAGACUUUUCUCUAUAUUCCAUGAACCCAUUUCUCAAGAUAGAAUGCCCUCUGGAUGAGCGAUCUGGUUCUUUCAAGUUUACUAAGAUCAACACCACUCACAGAGAUUCUAAUAAUACAAACCACAUUGAUAAGAUAGCCACAAGUCAGCUAAUAAGCACCAAUAUCACUUAUGGCGAUGCUUACAUUGCGAACAAAGUUAAAACUUUCUGAGAAUUCAUUGUCCUUUCCUACCCAGAAGCUAAAGUCAAAUGUAUUCUUGACAAAUGAAGGAAUGAAUGAAUGCUAACAGAGCAAGAGCAUGCAAGCUUGGUGAGCCAGCUGAAGGCAAGAAAAAAGUCAUCAAUUGGAAAUUUUAGAAAUCUUGCAAAAGAAAAUUCCUGAUUUAAAAGUAUCUUAUGGAGAUUUUGGCAAAUGAUACCUCAGAUGGGAUUAGACGAUGAAAUGUGGUAUAGAAGUGUGCUAGAGAAGGUACUUGAUACUAAACAGAUGAUGCCUUUGUUCACUAUUGAAAAAAGCAGAACUCAGAGCCAUAGCGGCUCUGUAACUUCUGUAUGCUAG